CCAGCGGGCGGUCCCAGGGCGGAGCGCGGCGGGGCCGGGCGGGGCGGGCAGGGGAGGGAAGGGAAGGGAAGAGGGUAGUGGAGUGGCGUGGACGGCCGGCGGCUCCGGGAGUAGUGAUGGUGUCGCUGGGGGAGCGGUGCCCCCCGUCGGGCAGGGCCGGGGAUCUGGCGGCGCUCUCGGAGCUGGACGAGGCGGCGCUGCUGUCCGGGCUGCGGGAGCGCUUCCUCAGCCAGCACAUCUACACCGACGUCGGGGACAUCCUGGUCGCCGUGAACCCCUUCCAGCCGCUGCCGCUCUACGGCAGAGAGGUCUCCGAGCGGUACCAGCGCCUCCAGACCGACUCGCUGCCGCCCCACAUCUUCGCCGUGGCCGGCCGCGCCUACCACGCCAUGCUGGGCCGGCGGGGAGGCGGGCCCCGCAACCAGUGCAUCCUCGUCAGUGGAGAGAGUGGUGCAGGGAAGACAGAGAGUGCAAAGCUAUUGUUGCAGCAGAUAAUGAACCUGUGCAAAGGCAACUCGCAGCUGGAGCAGCAGAUCCUUCAGGUGAAUCCUUUGCUGGAAGCUUUUGGCAAUGCCCAGACUGUGAUGAAUGACAACAGCAGCCGCUUUGGAAAAUACAUACAGCUGCGUUUCCAGAAAAAUACAGUGCGAGGUGCAAAGCUCAGUGAGUACCUGUUAGAGAAGUCACGGGUGGUGCAUCAAGAUGCUGGGGAGAGGAAUUUCCAUAUCUUCUACUACAUGUUUGCUGGACUGUCUUCAGAGGAGAAGGAGAUGUAUGGGUUACUGGAUCCUUCACUCUACAGGUACGUAAGUGGACAGUUUGGUACUCAGGAUGUAGCUCAGCGCUGGAAGGACAAAUACCAAGAGGUGUGCAAUGCCCUUGACAUGGUGGGAUUCCAAGAACAGGAGCAAGUGGACAUGCAGGCUAUCCUGGCUGGUGUGUUGUCUCUGGGCAAUGUGACUUUUGAUCCUGGGGAGAGCAAUGGGCCUGUAAAAGUCAGUGAUGCCUCCCAGGGAUGGCUGAAAGCUGCAGCGGGCCAGUUUGGAGUCCAGGAAGAUGAACUGUUAAAAUGCCUUAUUUGUACGAUGUCAGUGACCCGAGGGGAGCAGAUCCAGCGUUUUCACACCCAGCAGCAGGCAGAAGAUGCCCGGGACUCCAUUGCUAAGAUGGUUUAUGGGCGAGUGUUUGGCUGGAUCGUUGGCAAGAUCAAUGAGCUGCUGGCUGAGAACGUGGAUCCUGAGGUGGAGCUGAGGGAAAUAGGCAUCUUGGAUAUUUUUGGGUUUGAAAACUUUGCAGUGAACCGUUUUGAACAACUUUGCAUAAACUUGGCCAAUGAGCAGCUGCAGCACUUCUUCCAUCACCACAUUUUCCAUAUUGAGCAGGCUGCCUAUAAGGAAGAAGGGCUGCCUUGGGAGACUAUCACAUUCAGCAAUAAUGAACCUAUUCUGAAUCUGUUCCUGGCCAAGCCACUUGGGCUUCUGUCUCUUCUGGAUGAGCAGAGUGCAUUCCCUCAGGCAACUGAUAAGACCUUUGUGGAUAAACUAAACAGCAGCUUCAAAGGCAACUUACACUUCCAGCCAGCCCGAGGCCAUGUUUUGGGCUUCAGCAUCACUCACUAUGCUGGGAAAGUACAGUAUGCUGCCAGGGGCUUUCUAGAGAAGAACAGAGACACCUUGCCAGCCAACGUUCGUGGGCUCUUCAUCAGCAGCGUCACCCCCUUGCUCAGUGUGCUGUUCACAGCCACUGUUUCCAGGACGGGGACACUGAUGCCUCAUGUGAAAGCCAAGGUCAUACCAGGAGCAGACGACAGGUUCAACAGCACACGGAAACAAUCUGUUGGAGCUCAGUUCCGGCAUUCCCUCAUGGUGCUUAUGGAGAGGUUGUAUUCUGCCAACCCACACUUUGUGCGCUGCAUAAAGCCCAACAGCCAGAAGGAGCCAGGUGUGGUAGACAACCAGAUGGUGCUGCUACAGCUCCGGUACAAUGGACUGCUGGAGACAAUCCGUAUCCGAAGAGAUGGUUUCUCCUGGAGACCCUUCUUUGAGGAAUUUGCUGAGAGAUAUGCAAUUCUUCUAGUUAAACCUGGUGUUUCCCUCACAAAAGAAAGCUGCUUGGAGAUACUGCAAAGAACAGAGCUGAAAGGCUGGAUAUGUGGAAAGUCACGACUUUUCUUUAAAUAUUGGCAUCAGGAACAGCUGGCAAAGUGUGUGGAGCGACUGGAAAGAGCAGCAGUUGUCAUACAGAAAGUUUAUAGGGGAUUCAGAUGCAAGAAGAGUUAUGUAAAAUUGGUGGCUGAGCUGAGAGCUCAAGCACAGCAUCUGCAGAAGUUGGCAGAGAGAGAAAGAAGACGGCAGCUGGCCCUGGAAGCAGAGGCCCAGAGAAGAAGCCACUUUCCAGUUCCCAUGCCACGGAAGAGGCAUCCUCAGCCUAAUCCAAAUCCUUCUGAUAAAUCACAACAGCCACCAGUGCCACGGCCACGCAGCAAACUAAAAGAGUCCACUCCUUUUGAUAACUUCUUGGACCCUUCUGUACCUCACCCUGUUCUGCGAACAGAGGAACACACUGGAGAAGAAGCAGAAAUGAGGAAAAUAAAGAGAGGAGCAACUCUCCGUUGGUUCAGAGAGACACAGGCCGAGAAGGUCGUGCAGGAUGAUGGGGCCUUUCCAAGCUGGCUGCAUGGGAUGAUCAGCAGGAGGGAAGCUGAAAACUUGCUGCAUGACAAGCCUUUGGGUUGCUUCCUUGUUCGGAUUAGCCAGAGCCAACCAGGCUACAUCUUGACAUACAGGGGCCAAGACCGCUGCAGACACUACAUGAUCCAGGUGCAGCCCAACGCACGCUACAUCAUCCUGAGAGAGGACCGGGCUCAUGCCUCGCUCACCGCUCUGGUUCGGUACCACCAGACCGUGGGCAUCCAUCCCUUCAUGGAGAUACUGACUGUCCCCUGUGUGCAGAAAAGUAGUAAUGACUUGGAUUACGAAAAUCUGGAGUACCCCACGCUGAGUUCACCCGCAGGCAAAGUAGCGACCCCUUCACAGAAGGAGUCUUGUCCCUCCAUGCCUUCCAUCAGCAAACCUGUUCUGCCAUGGUUCAGAAAGAGCAAGAAUUUCCAAAACCAACAGAGCGUGGACAAGAGUAGGACAAAUCCAAGCUCUGGAGAGAGCAGACAGCAAGCCUUCCCUCGCCUCCGCUCUUCCAUACGACUGGCGAUGCAGGAAAUCCAGCAGUUCAAUUCCUAUUCCGUGAAUGUCCCUGAACAGGGGCAAUCGAGCCGUCACCGCUGAGGAUGUGUAGCACAAAUGACUCGGCAGGACUGAUGCAGAAAUUAACUCAGUCAUUCUCGGUGGCUGCAACUGCAGUAUCUGGACCAGUCUGACCCUGGCCGAGGAAGAGGAUGGGAGCAGUCACACUGCACAGACCCUCAGUGCCUGACAGUCUGCGCAUCAACACUUCAGUGUUACCGGAGACUCCUCGCUUAGCACUCUGAAUAGCCACAAACUGCGUAUCACCCAACAGCCUGUUCUGUCACAAAUACCUGUUCUGAUUGCCUACCUCUUUCUCCUCAAGUCUUCUCUCUCUGUUUUGGUCCUGUGUAUCUGCUGCUCUGGAAGCUAAGGGGGAUAUAAAUAAGACUGAUCUUUCGUUUUUGUUGAGUGCAGGAGCACUUGAACAGAAGCUGAGAAGGGUCAAGAUCUUUCUUGCAGAGGGGAUUUCCUGCCCUUGCAUCAGCAGCAUGCUGCUCCCCAGUCCUUGACCAGAGCUCAAGUCAGGGAAUCAUUGGUGAAACAUUGAUCCUGGCUGAAAUCACUACAGGUCUGGGCUGGACAACAUGCUGCUUUACACUGAGUGUAGAGGGUUUGGAAUAUAAGGGACCAAACUACUUGUACUGUUCUUAAUACCUUUUCAAGUAAAUCUCUUUU